AUGCCUGAAUACAACCCCUCCGACCUGCCAAACGGCCACUCGGCCACACCGGCUGUUUCUUCGCCAACGGCUUACCAGCCGAGGUACAUUGACAUCGGUAUCAACUUGGCGGAUCCCAUCUUCAGGGGUCGCUACCGCGGCAAAGUUGCACACCCCGAUGACCUCGAGGGUGUUGUGGCUAGAGCCGUGGAGGUGGGAUGUACGAAGCUCAUUGUGACGGGGUCGUCCAUGAAAAGCUCAAGGAACGCACUGCAAUUAGCCAAACAAUUCCCCGGCACCGUCUUCACAACAGCAGGCAUCCACCCCUGCAGCAGCUCCAUCUUCGGCCUCUCUCACCAGAAACACCAUGAAGAGAGCGAAGAGGUAGAAGAGCCAGAGGACCACACGCCUGCCUGCGGCCCAGACCCUACGCAGCCCAUCCAAGACGGCCAUGGCAUCAACCACACCCGCAGCGAGCAGAUCAUUAAGGACCUAGCCGACCUCAUCGCCCAAGCUCGCACCCACACCGUGACCGCAUCCCCCGAACUCGUCGCCUUCGGGGAGUUCGGGUUGGACUACGAUCGCCUGCAUUUCUGCUCCAAAGAAGCCCAGCUCCACUCUUUCGCCGCCCAACUCCAACUCGCCGCCUCCAUCUCCCCACAACUACCUUUAUUCCUCCACUCGCGUGCCGCCCACACCGACUUCGUCCGCCUCCUCAAGGAUGCCUUUGGCCCGCGCCUCGAGCGCCUCGAGAAAGGCGGCGUGGUACACAGCUUCACAGGCACAGCGGAAGAGAUGCGGGAACUGAUGGAUCUGGGCCUGUACAUCGGCAUCAAUGGGUGUAGUUUCAAGACGGCAGAGAACUGCGAUGUCGUUCGGGAAGUGGACUUGUCGCGGCUGAUGAUCGAGACGGAUGGGCCGUGGUGUGAAGUUCGUCCGGCGCAUGAAGGGUGGAAGUAUCUGGUUGAGUGGGAGGCCAAGGCGAAGGCAGCUGCUGAAGCGGAAGCGGAAGCCCAACAACAACAACAACAACAACAAGCUAAAAAGAACCAAAAGAAAGAGCCGGAAGUCCCUGAUCGGUUCAAGGUUGUCAAGAAGGAGAAGUGGGUGGAGGGAGCGAUGGUCAAGGGCCGCAAUGAGCCGUGUACGAUUGAGCGGAUUGCGAGGAUUAUCGCGGGGAUUAAGGGGGUUUCGGUGGAGGAGGUGUGCGAGGCCGCGUGGGCGAAUACGGUCAAUGUUUUUGACGUGGAUGGGUGA